GCUACUGCGUUGUGUAUUUUCCUCUCGACAAGAAGCUCUGGGAUUAACAAAAUACUCCAGAGAUGCGUGUGUCUCCCUGCUCACCUCUGUAAAACAUUCUCCAUUAACCCUUCCCGUCACUAAAGUGGUGUUACUGCGCCUGUUUCUCUGUUUAUCCCACUGUGUUGCGGAGGAAUGAUAACGUCUGUGGCUUUGAGCGGAGCCGGGAAACGAACUUGCCACCUGAGCUAACUUGCUAGCGCGUUAGCAGGCUCGGCUCGACGACACAACAGGCUCCGCUGUUGGGAACACGGUGUGCUCUCGUUGUCGGUCGACCCAGCGCUUAUCGAGGAUAGUAUCGGUGGUUUUUGUUGGUGUAGAUAACAGUAUCACGGUUGUCUUGGCCGUGGGAUGGGCGGGCACCAGCUCACUUGGUAGCAGGCGAGCUAACAGAAACUUAGCCGGUCCCCAGCGUCCUCGCAGCGUUCAGCCAGAGCACUGCUCUCAUUGCGCCGGCUAAAAAUACACGUCCCAUGCUCAGUGCCCCUCCAAAAGUGGUGGGGUAGUCCAUAUUGGACUUGUCUUCGGCUUCUCUGGUCACCUUGCUCGGGGGUUGGCGCUCUACAUGGUCACUACAGUGAAUUUAAGACGACUUGAAGAGCGAGUCGGACCCCGGGGUUGUGAGCCGAGCUGGCCUGAUCUGACGCUACAUCGUACGGGCCGGUGGGCUUCAGGUCUCCGAGUGGACGAAACCCUGCACUGGCUGAUCCGUGGCCGAAUAUCAUUUUGCUCUAAUGGCCUUGUCCUGUCAUCGGUAGUAGUGUAACGAGUCUUGGGUCCAGUCCAGGGUUGCGAGACCGAAACUUGGUGAAGGUCAGAGAAAGACGCUUUUGUUUCCACUGUCAGAGAUCAUACAGACUUUAUCUGUCCGGAGCAGAACACCAUGUCGGAGGAUAACAACGCAGACAAGUUCAUCAAGGAGACCUCCAUUCUAGACGAGUACAACAUAAACUGGACACAGAAGUUGGGAGCCGGCAUUAGUGGACCUGUCAGAGUUUGUGUGAAGAAGUCAACUCAGGAACGCCUGGCCCUGAAGAUCCUCAUUGAUCGCCCCAAGGCCCGAAAUGAGGUGCGUCUCCAUAUGAUGUGUGCCAACCACCCGAACAUAGUGCAAAUCCUGGAGGUUUACGCCAACAGUGUGCAGUUCCCACACGAGUCCAGCCCAAGAGCAAGGCUCCUGAUUGUUAUGGAGAUGAUGGAGGGUGGCGAGCUGUUCCACAGAAUCAGUCAGCACAGGCACUUUACUGAAAAGAUGGCCAGCCAGGUCACUGAACAGAUCAGUCAAGCCUUGGAACAUUGUCACUCCCUAAAUAUUGCACAUCGUGACCUGAAGCCAGAGAACCUGCUCUUCAAGGAUAACUCUCUGGACGCACCUGUGAAGUUGUGUGACUUUGGCUUUGCCAAAAUUGAUCAAGGAGACUUGAUGACCCCUCAGUUCACUCCCUACUACGUAGCACCUCAGGUACUUGAGGCUCAAAGAAGACACCAGAAGGAAAAGUCUGGAAUUAUACCUACCUCACCCACUCCUUAUACCUAUAACAAGAGCUGUGACUUGUGGUCUCUCGGUGUGAUCAUCUACGUGAUGCUGUGUGGCUACCCUCCGUUCUACUCCAAGCACCACAGUCGAACCAUCCCCAAGGACAUGAGGAAAAAGAUUAUGACAGGCAGCUUUGACUUCCCCGAAGAUGAGUGGAGUCAGAUCUCUGAAAUGGCAAAGGACAUCGUACGCAAGCUGCUCAAGGUGAAGCCGGAGGAGAGGCUGACUAUUGAGGGAGUUUUGGCUCACCCUUGGCUCAACUGCACCGAGGCCCUCGACAACGUGCUGCCCUCCGCCCAGAUGAUGAUGGACAAGGCGGUAGUUGCAGGUAUCCAGCAGGCCCAUGCAGAGCAGCUGGCCAACAUGAGAAUUCAGGAUCUGAACGUCAGUCUGAAGCCCCUAAACUCUGUCAACAACCCAAUCCUCAGGAAGCGGAAACUACUGGGCCCCAAGCCCAGUGAUGGUUUCUUCAUUCACGACCCAGAGAAUGGAGGAGAAGACUCCAACGUAGCGCUGGAAAAAUUACGAGAUGUCAUUGCACAGUGUAUACUACCACAAGCUGGAGAGAACGAGGAUGAGAAGCUGAAUGAGGUGAUGUACGACGCCUGGAGGUUCAACAGAGACUGUAAACUGCUGAGAGACGGCCUGCAGGGGCUCAGCUGGGACGGAAGAGCCUUCUCCGAUAAAGUUGACCGCUUGAAGUUGGCUGAAAUAGUGAAACAGGCCAUCGAAGAGAAGACGAAUCUUGAAGAAUCUCAUUAGCAAACGCUGUCUUUCUAUCUUCUUUUUAUAUUGUUUAUUAUGACCCUUUUUAACCCAUAUCUGUAAAGAGGCUUUUUUAUGUAAAAUGAUGCGCUAAUUUUAUGUUUUUUUCAUGAAUUCACUUGCAAGACCUAUUGUACAGCUGUAGAUAUAUUUCAAAGAGGACUCAUUGGUACUAUAAUUUUUUUUUUAAAUGGACACUUGCAAAGAACAUUGAAAAAAAAAACUAUAUUUUCAUUUUUGGAAAAAAAAGAGAAAAGAGAAAAAUCAGUUAAAGAAAUUAUUUUCUGGGAGGGAAUUUUUAUUAGCUGCUUGUCCAAGACGUGUUUUAUCCCAGUUAUUUCAUUUUAUUCUAUUUUGUUUUCUUUUAACUAUCCUAAGAAUUUUAUUUAUUUAAACAAAGAGUUCCAUUAUUUUAUACCUUACUUGUAGCCUGGCAGUGGGCUCUGAAGUCAAGAGAAAACUGUCUACGAUGUGACUUUGUUCUUCCACACACACUUUGAAUCUCAGACUGCGUUUAAGUUAUCUGAAUCUUUGUUUUUGUGCAACUUUCCCUUGAUCUUUUUGUUGUAUAGAGGUCAAGGCAGAGUGGAAAUGGAGAAAAGAAAGUGUCAUGAAAUAGAAAAAUGCAGCCCCAAAUUCAUUUUGUCACAACCUUGUUUUUGAAGCCGAGAAGAGAUGACACUAAAUAGAUCGAAGCAGACUGAAAUGGCAGUCAGUACGACUGGGUUUCUUUCUGACUCAUUAAGAUCAAUGUGAUUUCACAAAAGAAUCUUAACCUAAGGUCUACUUACUAGCUUUUUUUUGGAGCUUUUAACUGUCUCUCAGCCUUCUGUAGAAGAUGAGUUUUUUCAGAUCGUGAGAUGCAGUUGAGAGCUCUGGUUGAGUUAAGACUUUGUCAAACUGUUUCAGAGGUCCAGCAUGAACUUUUACGCUUAUCUAGAGUUUAAGUCACACGCACGAAGUGAUGAAACUGUUCGUCAACUUCUGAAAUUUGUGCCUGGCAAGUAAAAUGAAGUGAAUUAUUUCAAAUAUUUUCAAAAGGCUUUUUAUACCUCUGUAUGUCUUUUAUACGGCCAUUUCUGAUCUGAUUCUGAAAGUUCGGGUAAAGUUGUUGAUCCGUGUAACUGACGCAAUCUGAGCUGCUGCAACGUAAAAACGAUAUCUACUGGAAUUCAGACCAGGGUCAGUUCAUAUUUAAGUCCUUUUAAAGCAAGAACGCUUUCUACUUGAGCCUACAGAAACACAAAAAAAUACACCUGGCAUUUUUGGUGCAAUGUAAUCAAUGUAUUUAUGCCAGAAAAGAUCAGUAGAAAGGUUUUCAGCAUCCAUAAACAGAUGUGUUAAGGAUUCCAGUCACAUAAAAACAUGCUCUGCUACUGAAUGUGCAAUAGGGCAAUAACUUAAUCAUGUAUUCAUAGUGCAUGCAUGUACAUGGUAGUGAGAUAGUGUGUAUCAAUCUGUCAGUAUUACUGUCUGACCUUCCCAACUUCAUUUCAGUGGUCUGAAUGCCAGCAAAUGCUCCCUCCCUUCACUCACCCUCAUCCUUAAGUUGUAAUUAAUAUCAUAUCAUUGAUUAGCCAGAGUGAAAUUUCCAUUGCACUGUUUUACUCGAGUGCUCCAUCAUAUCUGAUAUUAUUUCUUCAGAGAGGGGUUGAAAGAAGGGAUUUGUGUUCAGGUGUUUGAAUGACAGGUGAUGUUCAGUCAACAGAACAGGGCUUAGAUGGCCGAGAAUCCAAGUUCUCUUGUUCAGUGCCUGAUUAUUUCUUUAAUAAUGUUUUUUUUGUUGUUGUUGUUUAUUUUAAAUAAUCCUCAGAAGUUUAUGAAAUUCCACUUUGGCGAGGUUUUAGCUUUAUAUACAACAUAUUUUUAUGUUAAGAUUACUGCAUUAACCACGUUAUUGACCUUUUUUAUGAAAAGAUACUGUAUGUCUAUUCUGAAUAAUUAGUAAACAUUGGUGCAAUAUAUUGUUUCUGUCCAGUGAAAAACUUGUAUCUCCAAUUUUUGGUGAUUUGAACAUUUUGAGAUAAACUGAAGGAUCAAAUGUUACUUUAUGGGAUUGAGAAAUUCUACUUUUUAAGCUGAAUAAACCAUUUUAAAAACCAAGUACAUUAUCUUUUUGCAAAGUUACAGCUAAAAAUAGAGCUGAUUAUCUUACAUUCUGACAUUUUGGAGACACAGGACAGUGGCAAUAUGUAAGCUGAUCUUUUUCACCAUUUUGUAACUCAUAUGAAGAAAACGUGCAAGGCUGUCUGUAUAUGUAUGUCUGUAUUUCUUAUUUAAGUUGAGCAAAGGCAAUCAUUACUAACAUGAUUCUGAGAGAUCAUUUUGUCUGUCACAGUCUCCCUUAAAAGCUUGAUGAUAACCAUGGCUUGUGUUUUAAAAAGGCCUUAUUAAUAUAUGGCUAAGUUUUACACACAAAUGUGCCUUGUUGAUGGGGCGGCAUCUUCAUCCUUUACUGCUUUUAUCAAUGAAAAUGAAUUACAGGAUGAAGGGUAAACCAUAGACUGUAUAACUGGGGGGACUCAGAAUCAUUGUAAGUUGUGAUUGUCCUUUGGACUGUGAUAUGCUUGUUUUGGUGUGAGUUUUCAUUCCCCAAUUCGGUGUAUUGGGUUGGUAAGAUUUUGUUGAGAUUCAUUUAGCAUCAUAUUUGGGGCGAAAAUCUGUUCUCCAAAGGAAGUGAUUCAUUUAUUGUCUUGUGUCUUAAGAUGACCCUUUAUUUCACCACUGGCACAUUAAAGAAAUAGUUCACCAUUUUGGCUUUAGAUAAUAAGCUUAACACCACUCCUGUCUGUCUAUUAAAUAUGAAGCUAGCUAGCGGUUAGCCACAGUCAGCAGCCGCUUAGCUUAGCUUAGCAUAAAGACUGGAAACGGGGGGAAACAGCUAGCCUGGGUCUGUCAAGCGGGAACAAAAUCCGUCUACAAGCGCUUCUAUAGCUCGUUAACAUAUUAUAUUGUAAUUUUUUUAAUUACUGCUCAGAAAUGUUUAAAAAGUGAAUACACUGCUCAGUUUUACAGCGUGUAUGAGCGGGGCGACUAUUUUCUAACCUUGUAACUUCCUGGAUUGUUUGCUGGUUGCCUGGCAACGGGUCCCAGCCACAAAAUAGUCCACACAGUCCUCCUAAAAUCGGCUAAUUGUGGUUUUUAAACUUCAGCUUUUGUACAUAUUAAACAAAAGAGAUAAAAACUGGCCGAUUAGUGAGCUUUUAGAUGUAUUACUACUUUUAUAUUUAACAUACAGUAGGGGUGAGUGGUAUCAAUAUUGUCUACUCCGCCAAAUGUUGACCUUUUGUUUUAAUGUCCUGCGAUCAAGUUUGUAUUUUUUUGUUUUGUCGGAUCAUAGAUUUUGUAGCACAACACACCAAACGUACAGUAUUGCAGAAUCAGCAGAGCUUCUAACUAAAAGUGGAGCCUAAUGGCAUUGUUUUGUUUUGACCAUGUCUGUGUGGAUGUGUGACAGUGUGUUAUUAAUUUAUGUGUGUGUGUGUGUGUGUGGUUCAGUAUGCUGAACCGUCUUUGUAUUUCUGGAGGCCUAUCAAUAAAUCAGUGCUGCUUCCUUUAAA